AUGCUAACGCGCCCUCCUCACACCGGCUCACACUGCCUCACACAGCCUCAGCACUCCUCACACUACCUUAGCCCUCCUCACACCACCUUAGCCUUCCUCACACUUCCUCACACCGCCUCAGCCCUCCUCACUCUGCCUCAGCCCCCCUCACACCGUCUCAGCCCUCCUCACACCGCCUCAAACUGCCACAGCCCUCCUUACACUGUCUCAGCCCUCCUCACACCCCUUCACACAGCCUCAGCACACCUCCUCACACCGCCUCAGUCCUCCCCACACCGUCUCAGCCCUCCUCACACCGCCUCACACUGCCUCAGCCCUCCUCACACCGCCUCACACCGCCUCACACUGCCUCACACCACCCCAGCCCUCCUCACAACACCUCAUCACACCGCCUCACACUACCUCAGCCCUCCUCACACUGCAUCAGCCCUCCUCACACCGCCUCACACUGCCUCAGCCCUCCUCACACCGCCUCACACCGCCUCACACCGCCUCACACCGCCUCACACCACCCCAGCCCUCCUCACAACACCUCAUCACACCGCCUCACACCACCCCAGCCCUCCUCACAACAUCACACCACCUCAGCCCUCCUCACACCGCCUCACACCGCCUCAGCCCUCCUCAGCCCUCCUCACACCGCCUCAGCCCUCCUCAGCCCUCCUCACACCGCCUCAGCCCUCCUCACACCGCCUCACAUCGCCUCAGCCCUCCUUUGCCAUCCUCACACCGCCUCACACCACCUCAGCCAUUCUGACACUGCCUCACACCGCCUCAGCCCUCCCCACAUUUCCUCAGGCCUCCUCAGCCCUCCUUAGUACUCCUCAGUACUCCACAGCCCUCAUCAGCCCUCCUCAGCCCUCUUCAGCCCUCCUCAGCCCUCUUCAGUACUCCACAGCCCUCAUCAGCCCUCUUCAGCCCUCCUCAGCCCUCUUCAGUACUCCACAGCCCUCAUCAGCCCUCUUCAGCCCUCCUCAGCCCUCUUCAUACUCCACAGCCCUCUUCAGCCCUCCUCAGCCCUCCUCAGCCCUCCUCAGCCCUCCUCAGCACUCCUCAGUACUCUUCAGCCCUCCUCAGUACUCCAAAGCCCUCCUCAGUACUCUUCAGCCCUCAUCAGCCCUUCUCAGUCCUCCUCAGCCCUCCUCAGUACUCUUCAGCCCUCCUCAGUACUCUUCAGCCCUCCUCAGUACUCCACAGCCCUCAUCAGUCCUCCUCAGCUCUCAUCAGUCCUCCUCAGCCCUAAUCAGUCCUCCUCAGCCCUCUUCAGCCCUCAUCAGCCCUCAUCAGUCCUCCUCAGUCCUCCUCAGCCCUCCUCAGCCCUCCUCAGCCCUCCUCAGUACUCCACAGCCCUCAUCAGCCCUCCUCAGUCCUCCUCAGCACUCCUCAGCCCUCCUCAGUACUCCAAAGCCCUCCUCAGUACUCUUCAGCCCUCAUCAGCCCUCCUCAGUCCUCCUCAGCCCUCCUCAGUACUCUUCAGCCCUCAUCAGCCCUCCUCAGUCCUCCUUAGCCCUCCUCAGCCCUCCUCAGCCCUCAUCAGUCCUCCUCAGCCCUCAUCAGUACUCCACAGCCCUCAUCAGUACUCCACAGCCCUCUUCAGCCCUCCUCAGCCCUCCUCAGCCCUCAUCAGCCCUCCUCAGCGCUCUUCAGUACUCCACAGCCCUCUUCAGCCCUCCUCAGCCCUCCUCAGUGCUCCUCAGCCCUCCUCAGCGCUCUUCAGUACUCCACAGCCCUCUUCAGCCCUCCUCAGUACUCUUCAGCCCUCAUCAGCCCUCCUCAGUCCUCCUUAGCCCUCCUCAGCCCUCCUCAGCCCUCAUCAGUACUCCACAGCCCUCAUCAGUCCUCCUCAGUCCUACUCAUCCCUCCUCAGCCCUCCUCAGCCCUCCUCAGUACUCCACAGCCCUCAUCAGCCCUCCUCAGUCCUCCUCAGCCCUCCUCAGUCCUCUUCAGCCCUCCUCAGUACUCUUCAGCCCUCUUCAGCUCAUCAGUCCUCCUCAGCCCUCCUCAGUACUCUUCAGCCCUCUUCAGUACUCCACAGCCCUCAUCAGUCCUCAUCAGUCCUCCUCAGUCCUCCUCAGUCCUCCUCAGCCCUCCUCAGUACUCCACAGCCCUCCUCAGUACUCUUCAGCCCUCCUCAGUCCUCCCAGAUUGCAACACUGA